AUGGAUCUGAGCCAGAGCAUGAGCCAGAGCCAAAAUCACAUGCUGCACGGGCCUGCGCCUGAAGACCGCCAGCUGCCACCAUCCUCCUCGUUUCUCGCCCACACGCACCACAUCCGCCCACCUGCUUCUGCUUCUGCGUCUACCUCUACGCCUGCUUCCGCUUCUAUUUCCACCGCCUCUCAACCCAACAAGCACGUACUCUCUCACACUCGCUUUGAUCCGACACACCUCCCGUCCCAGCUGCCUUCAUAUGCUCCCCCGAGCUAUGCGCAUACCCAAUCCCACGAUCCUAACCUGCUGAGGUUUCCCGACGCCCCGACUACCGAGCUUGCACCCAUUCUUCCCGCCGCCAAACACAAUGAUAACGUCGGUCACAACCUGCCAUCUCUCUCAUCCGUGACAGGUCCCCCGCCCCCGCGGUUCACUCCCAUCGUCGCUCAAUCUCAACCUAUUGAAGCGCAGCAGCACCAACAUCAGCAUCACCAGCCGCAAUCACAACCCCAAUCAACCACAUCCUCCCUGAAGCGGUCCUCGACGACAACAGUACCCCUCACCCACUGGCCGAGCCUCAACCCCCUCACGACGUACUAUACACCUAGUCAUGCCCAGUCCGCCGACUCGCCUGCGCGAAUGGACCUCGACGUAGUUAGCAAUAGCGCCAUGAGCGCAGCGUCCCCAGACCGGUUUUACGAAGGACGCGCUGCCAGUGUCAGCCUUGACGACCCCGAUGUGCGCAUGGCAGCCGAAGCACUUGGGGAUCUGCGAGCCGGUGCCACGUCGGCUUACAAUAACUCCAAAAACUUUUCCCCGAGAUUCAAAUCCAGCGCCGAAUAUGUAGAGGGUUACUUGACGCCCAUUGCCAACACUGUCGGCACGGUUGGACGGAAGACAGGUGUUGAGGGUGGCGUACGCUGGUUCCUCGGCGCCGGUCGACGGCAUCAGUCCAAUGACAUUGAAGCUGCCGACGGAGGGUCUCAUAAGCGGCGCAAGGUCGAUACGGGAGAAGACUUGGCUAGGCUCAUGAUCGAUGCGCAGAGUAACAUCAUGCCUGACGUCGAUUCUCCCCGUGAUCCAUAUGUGUUCAAGCACGACCGCCGACUUUCACGAGCUAGCACCAUUGAUACUCUGCCAGCGUAUGACGACUACCGAUCCCCGGCCUACAGUGAAAACGAAAAGGCCGAGCGACCCACAUCAUCAAACGCAGCUUGGCAAUCUCGUCUCAUAAUGUCAACCUCGGGUCUGAGUGUUGCUAUGAGCGACGAGAGUCUCAGGAGCCUGAAGUACUGUCUUCGAUGGCUGCGUUGGGCGAACGAGCAUAUUGGUGGGGUCAUCAACAAUCUCAAGACCACUCUUGAACAAUUCGAGAAGCCGGGCCAACCCCAACAGGAAGAGCAGACUGCAGUCACCAGCGAUGGCGACUACGUCAUGGCUGACAGCCAACCCGAGCCAAUGUCUGAACAGGAGCGUACAAUCCUGGCGGCCAAGAUUGCUUCGCUCAAAGGUGACGUUCUUAAGACACUACAGAAUGUCAUCGUGACUGUUUCCAAAUACGCUGGCGGUGCCCUACCCGAGAACGCCCGUCUGUUGGUUCGCCGUCACCUGACUACUCUGCCACAGCGAUUCCGUUAUGCUAGCAUGGUUGAACACCAACAGGCUGAGAAAGUUGGUGACCAGGAGGCGAUGCGCGAGGGUGCCCAUCGUGUACUUGUUCUUGCUAAAGAGGGUCUCGACAUGAUGUCGCAAGUCAGUGGAGUCCUUGAUGGCACCAUUGUCAGUGCCGAGGAGUGGUGUGAGAGGCUUGGGAAGAAGAAGCGGGAUCAACGCGAGGCUGUCCUGCCGCAAACUCAACCUCAAGAGGGUGAUGUUAAAAUUGCCCUUGUUUGA